AUGUCUGGUCACCCAACUGAUGAAAAAUCAGCCCAGGAAUGGGAGGAGAGCGUUGAUCAUGCUACAGGGGUAACUCUGGCAGCAGCCUAUGUCCCCGGCUGUGACGCUGAGAACAAAUUACUUCGGAAACUAGACUUCCGCAUUAUUCCAUGCUGCUGGAUACUCUUUGUCAUGGGUUAUCUCGAUCGCGCCAAUAUUGGAAACGCAAAAACUGGAGGGCUUGAUGAUGACUUCAACCUGACAUCUAAUCAAUACUCAGUCAUUCUGCUGUUGUUCUUCGUCUCUUAUGUCAUCUUCGAGAUUCCAUCCAAUAUGGUCAUUGCCCGAGUGAGGCCAUCGCUGUAUCUUUGUGGCCUGGCUUUGGUAUGGGGGGUGGUCGCUGCUUUCAUGGCUUUGACACAGAAUUGGCAGCAGCUCGCUGGGGUCCGCUUUGUUCUUGGGUUUGUUGAAUCAGGAUUUGCCCCAGGUAUUGCAUUCUAUCUCUCAUCAUGGUACCGUCGAUAUGAGCUUGCCACUGGCCUUAUCACCGAAUAUCUUGAUGGAGCACGUGGAAUAGCUGGAUGGAGAUGGCUAUUUAUUAUUGAAGGCUGUGGUUCAACUUUUGUGGGAUGUGUGCUCUGGUUCUUCAUGGCUGACUAUCCUUCAAAUACUCGUUGGCUUAGUCCUGAAGAGCAGCUUCUCGCCGCACAGCGUCUUGCCUAUGACGGUCUGGGUAACGCCCAAAGUGCUCAUGAAAGGAUUACCGAGAAAGAAGCCCUUAGGAUGGUAGUUACAGACUGGAGAACCUGGAUCCUCGCUCUCCUUUACGCCCUUGUGACUGGAGCGCAAACCAUCCAGUAUUUCAUUCCAACAUUGGUGGAUUCUUUUGGCUGGAAGGACUGGGAAGGGCAAUAUCAUACAAUUCCACCUUAUGCUUGCGCUAUCGUCUGCAUUCUGGUAAUGUCAUUCAUUGCUGACUAUUUCAAAAACAAAUCCUACUUCAUCUUUCUCUUUUCCGGAAUUGGGACUGUGUGUUUCAUCAUUGUCUGUGCUAGCACUAAUAACAUCGUGCGCUAUAUUUUUACCACAUUUGCAUUUGGGUGCAUCUAUGGCACUUCCCCAUUGGUGCUCAUGUGGGUAGCCAAUACCAUCUGCUACCCUGCUGAAAAGAGAGCUGUUGCCCUUGGGCUUGUAAACGCUCUCGGGAAUACGGCUUCUAUUUACGGUGUGUUCUUGUGGCCAGAUAAGGACGCCCCUCGUUAUAUUCCUGGGUUCAGUGCGACUACCAUCUGGAUGGGUGGUAUCUGUAUCAUUGCAUUGGUUGGGGGUUAUCUCUUUAAGAAGCACCUCAUUGAAGCGCCGGAUCCCGCGGACGUGCUAGCAGCGGAAAUUCGCCGACAGCGAGAACGAGGACAGAUUUCUGCCAAGGCAUGA